GAGUGAGAGAGAGAGUUUUUACAAAUGCAUCAGAUUGUUGGGUCGGUGAUGUUGGACUGAUGUGUAUCGCAGUGCUUUACAGAAGAGAGGCAUGAGCAUGUGGAAAUUCUCUGUGUUUGCAUUGUAAACAAGUUAGACGUGACUAAAAACAUGGCCAAAGUGUUUUUUCAGUGCUUGUUAUUUUGGCUGCUUUUACCUGCGGCCAGAUGCCAGGACAGAAGAAAGUCUGGAAAAACAUUAAACAACCUCAACAGCAAACAGGAAAAUGAGUUAGUGUGUCCACUCGAAAUCGCAUUCAUUCUGGACAGCUCCGAGAGCGCCAAAGUCUUUUUGUUUGAUCGACAGAAAGCAUUUGUGCGCUCCUUCAGUAAGCGGAUUGCACAGAUGCAGGUGUCCGGCUGGCAUCUUCAAACUCGUUUUGCACUGAUUUACUACAGCAGCACAGUGUACAUCGACCAACGCUUCAAAGACUGGCAGGAUCAUGAUGUCUUCCUAAGCCGAUUGGAAAACACAAGCUAUAUUGGCCAGGGGACGUAUACAACGUAUGCCUUAACCAACGCCACUCAACUCUUUACCAGCGAGACCAAGGGCCAAAGCGUAAGGGUGGCUCUUCUCAUGACCGACGGCAUCGACCAUCCACGGAAUCCUGACAUCUUGAUGGCAGCAGCAGAGGCCAAGAGUCACAAUAUUAAGAUCUUCACAAUAGGCUUAUCAUACCUGGCACAGGACAUGAACAGUGGCAAACUGUGGGCCGUGGCGAGCAGCCCCUCUCAACAGUACUUCCACAGCCUCACUGACCCCCAUCUGGAAGAACGGCUCCUUCAACAGCUCGAAACAAUUGCAAAGAACGAAUGUCCAGGACCAGCGGUGUGUUUGUGUGAGAAAGGUGAAAUAGGUCCUCCAGGCAGUCCUGGUCAAAAAGGACAUCCAGGUUAUGAAGGAGCACCAGGUCCAAAAGGCUCAAGGGGGGAACCAGGAGCGCCUGGUCUUCCUGGACUCAAAGGUCCAGAGGGCAGACUUGGGUUCAAAGGUGAUAAGGGGGAUCAAGGUACUUGUGGACCACCAGGACAAAAGGGACAUGAGGGCAUUGAAGGGCCUCCAGGGCCAAGGGGCCCAAGAGGAGAGCAGGGUUCAAAAGGGUCUCCAGGGGACCAGGGACCUGAAGGUCAAGCAGGACCCAAAGGGGAUCGAGGACGUGUCGGUGCAUCUGGACCACCAGGGGACGUUGGAAUUGGCUUCCCUGGUCCAAAAGGAGACAAAGGAAACCCGGGAAGACCAGGUCCUCUUGGCCAGAUUGGCGUAGGUCAACCAGGCCUACCUGGUCCCACAGGUCCACCAGGAGUACCGGGGAACCCAGGAGCUCCAGGUGAGGGACUUCCUGGGCCAAAGGGUGACCGUGGGUUUAUUGGCCCAACUGGUGGACGUGGGCCCCCAGGUAAUGGGGUCAACGGUGAUAAGGGCAACGCAGGGCUAUCUGGAUCACCCGGACCAACAGGAUUACCCGGGAGGGGGAUUCAAGGAGAAAAAGGGAAUCAGGGGCCUGAUGGUCCUCCUGGCCCAAGAGGGAAUCCUGGGAUAGGACUCACCGGCCAAAAGGGAGAACAGGGUUUCACUGGUGACCCUGGUCCCAUUGGUGAGAGAGGAAUUGGAGAACCAGGACCUAAAGGUGAACCUGGAUCUCAAGGCUUACCAGGUGAGCCAGGUGUACCAGGAGAAGACGGGGCCAUGGGAUCAAAGGGUGAUAUAGGCUUACCAGGGCCCAAAGGACAAGAGGGACCUCCUGGAAGAGGCUUAUCAGGAGAGAAGGGGGAUCGAGGAGAGAGGGGACCCAGGGGCCAAACAGGACAUGCCGGGCCAGUUGGGCCAACAGGGGCCAAGGGAAAACCAGGGAAUGUUGGAAUGCCAGGUGUUCCUGGGCCUUCCGGCAGGGGCAUACCUGGAGCUAAAGGAGAUGCUGGGCUAAUUGGUCCUCCGGGACCUGCUGGAGAGCCGGGCAUUGGCAUCGCUGGGCCUAAGGGUGAAAUUGGAUUACCAGGACACCUUGGACCACCAGGACUAAAGGGAGAAGGCUAUCCUGGGCCACCUGGGCCACCAGGUUUCCCAGGUCUUAUGGGAGAGAUUGGACCAGAGGGAACAGGUUUACCUGGACCAAAGGGAGAUCGAGGCCCUCCGGGUCCCCUAGGGCCUGCUGGAACACCAGGUAUUGGGCAGGUGGGCCCAAAGGGUUCUAUUGGUCUGACUGGACCCGCUGGACCACAAGGAUUACCAGGAGAGGGUGUACAAGGACCAAAGGGUGAUGCCGGAUACCAGGGUAUACAGGGGCCAAGAGGGCUACCUGGGGAAGGUUUACCGGGGCAGAAGGGGGAUCGUGGGCUACCAGGAACACAAGGAAACAAAGGGUACAGAGGUAGCCAAGGAGAAUCAGGGCUUACAGGACCACGGGGCAAUUCAGGACCAAAGGGAGAACCUGGUCUAACAAAAGGGGAAAUAAUCACUUUAAUCAAAUCUAUUUGUGGUUGUGGCCAAAUUUGCAGAUUGGAACCCCUUGAGCUGGUGUUUGUGAUUGACAGCUCUGAAAGUGUCGGCCCAGAAAACUUUGAGAUCAUUAAAAACUUUGUGAAUGCUGUGAUCGACCGUGCAUCAGUAAGUCCAGAGGUGACGCGUGUUGGAGUGAUUCUCUACAGUCAUGUUAACCUGGUGGUCACCAGAAUACAAGACAGGUUAAGUCAGGAAAACGUUAAAGCCGCCGUUCGCAGGAUGCCGUACAUUGGGGAAGGCACCAACACAGGAAGUGCCAUCAAACAGGCUAAUGAGAUCUUCCGAUUUGCUCGCCCAGGUGUGAGGAAAGUGGCUGUGGUUAUAACGGACGGGCAAACGGAUCACCGUGACAACGUGAAGCUACAGGAUGCUGUAGAAGAGGCCCAUUCCGCCAAUAUUACGAUGCUUGUUAUAGGGGUGGUGAAUCAAAGCGACCCAAUCUAUGAGGAUUUUAAGCAAGAGCUGACAUCAAUUGCCUCCAAGCCUGAUGAAGAGCAUGUGUUUUUCAUAGAGGAUUUCAAAACUCUUUAUGAAGUGGAGAGUAAACUGCUCCAAAAGAUCUGUGAGGAUAUUGACGGAUCAUUAUUCAGUGCGGUCCCAAGCUCCAAUCGGCCUCCUGGCACCUCUACAUCCAUCCAUGAUGAGAAACCCCCUCAAAGAAGGACAGACACCCCCAGUUUUGAAGGAGACCACCGUAAAACACAAAUGGAGCCAAGACCACCUGGAGAAACUGGGGUGUUCCCCUUCAGUGAUCACAAAUCAGAGGGCACGGACAUUAUCGGAACUUUAACGCCAUAUUUCGACAUAGAGGACCUGACACGCCUCCCAAAUUUCUCUCUCACGUCUUUGGAUCAGCUGAGGCAAAAAUCAUACAGAACUGACCCCACAAUGACAUCAGAAACACAGAGACCAACUGACUCGCCACUGCUGAAACAAGAUGAUUUCACUGCAGGGGAGGGAUGCCUGCAGCCUCUGGACCCUGGUCCAUGUCGGGAGUAUGUUGUUAAAUGGUAUUAUGAUCCAAAGGCCAAUUCUUGUGCUCAGUUCUGGUUUGGAGGUUGCCUUGGCAACAAAAAUCAGUUUGAUAGCAAUAAGACUUGCAUGAAAACCUGUGAGAAAGUUUAAGUCUCAUCAGAAGAGCACUGACCGUGACACAAAACAACAAGGUAUUAAAAAGGAAUGUGAAUUAAAAAUAAAGUUUUUUUUUUUAUAAGUAUAUUUUAGCAUUUAAAAUGAUUCUAUGAAUAUUCUAAAAUAACUCAAAACUACUAGCCAUGAACAAUCUUUAAUAUUCACAUGCAGACAUUACUGACAUGCUUAUUUAAAACAGUCAUACAUUUGCAUAUUUAGUUACCCUAAAAAUUAUUUGGACACUUAAGCCACACAAAAUGUAUGAAUGUUGUUAUAAUAACACAUUUCACACAAAAAAUGUCACUAAAAAAGGUUGUAAGUGGUAAGCAAUAAAACUUAUACAUACUGUAUUAUUCAAAAUG